GGUUGGAGGCGAAAACGACGAACCCCUCGCGGCACAUUCGCUCAUGGGCCAUGCGGCCGCAACCGCGCUGUUGCUGCUGCCAGUGGCGGUUGCGAGGAACGUCAACGUUCCCCACCCCGAGGAGUUCGUCAAUGUGCUGGCCGGCACGGCAGGCGGCCAAUCCGCCGGCACCCACCACAGCUCCGGCAACGUGCUGCCGCUGGUGGCGAGGCCCUGGGGCUUCAACCACUGGGCGCCGCAGAGUUUGGACCCCGCGCAGCACAACUCCUGGUGGUUCGAUGCCAAUGCGGACACCUUCUACGGCCUGCGGUGCACGCACCAACCCUCCCCGUGGAUUGGCGACUACGGGUGGUUCCUGCUUACGAUCCACACCGGCUACCCACAGAACCAGCGCAUGGGUUUCACCUCGUACCACUCGGAGGGUGCGCUGCAGCCUCAUCUGCUGGACCUCACCUUGGGCCCCUACGGGCACCGGGUGCAGAUGACCCCCACCAGCCACGGCGGUCUGGUGAAGGUCUCCUUCCCCAGCGCCGCGGCCAUGCGGAAGGUCUGCGUAAUGGUGCCAAAGGGCCCUCCCAAAGACAAGGACGAGAAGCGGGCCGCCAGAGUGAAGACCACCUCGGGGAGUUGCACUGAGUCCGUGGGGGGCAUCAACUUGGAGAGCCGGCGCUUCGCGGAUGGCGUGCCAGAGGGCUUCUUUACCCUCUUCGCUCGCCUGGAGUCCCCAGGCACCCGGAUCGAGGAGCAGCAGCUGGCCGAUUGCCAGGAGCAGAACUGCGCCUACGAGCCCAUGAAUAUGCCAGGCUUCGAGCGGAUCGCCUUGGGCGGGCUCUCAGAGUGCCAGAGUAGGUGCGCGCACACGGCCAACUGUGCUCACUUUACCUGGUGGGGCGAUGGUGGCUGUCACCUUGCGGACGCCAACGCCAAGAAGAAGACCCAGGGGGGUGUGCAGUGCGGGCCACCCCGCUGCCAGGACUCCUCGAUCCGAAACUGCUGCUUGGUGACCAGCAGUGAGGAGAUGGAGAUAUCCAUUGGAACUAGCUUCAUUUCAGCCGCGCAAGCGCUGAGGGCGCUGGAUGCCGAGGUGCAGGGCCGCAGCUUUCAGCAGCUGGCCGCCGAGGGAGCCACUGCCUGGCGCAGCCUGCUGCGACAGGUGGAGGUCUUGGACGCGGGGCCGGCCACGGCCACCACCUUCAGGCGCUUGGAGGUGUUCUACACCUCGCUCUACCGCGCGCUGCUCUUUCCCCGACGCCUGGACGAGGAAACGCCGGCAGGCAUCCAGCACUGGAGCCCCUACAACGGCAAAGUGGUGGAAGGCAUCGGUGUCAGCGACAAUGGUUUCUGGGACACUUUCCGGACUGUGUACCCGCUGCUAUCCAUCGCCUACCCCAAGCACUUGUCCAGCUUCAUCGUGGGCUGGCUCAACGCCUUUAAGGCGGGGGGAUGGCUGCCCAAGUGGGCCAGCCCGGGGUACCGGGACUCCAUGGUGGGUACCUUUGCGGAUGUGGUUCUAGCAGACGCCAUCAUCAAGAACAUCUCAGGCUUUGACGUGGACUUGGCCUGGCAAGCGCUGUACAAAGACGCCUACGAGGCCUACACGGACUCCUCGCGAGGCAAGCUAGGCUUGAAAUACUACAAGGCGAAUGGCUUCGUCCCCAUCGACGUGGGUAUCAGCGAGGCAUGCUCCCGGACGCUGGACUUCGCCUUCGCGGACGCGGCCUGCGCCAUGGUGGCCAGACGCCUGGGCCGGCCCAAGGAGGCGCUGGAACUACGCGAGCGCAGCCAGAAGGCGCUGCGGAAGCUCUUUGAUGCCAAGACCGGGCUGAUGGGCCACCGGAAGAAGACCCAGGACUUUGUGCAGGAGGCGCCCGAGACGUGGGGGGACUGCUACACUGAGGGCUCUGCCUGGCACCACUCCUUCCCGCCCUUCGACCUCACCACCCUGGCAGAGCUGCAUGGGGGCCGGCCCCAGCUACUGGAGAAGCUGCGGACGCUCUUCACCGUGCCUGCGGAGUUCAAGACGGGCUCCUACAAGGUGGAGAUCCACGAGAUGCGGGAGAUGCGGAUGCUGGGCAUGGGCCAAUACGCCCACAACAACCAGCCGACGCAUCACCUGCCAUACUUGUUCUCGAUGCUGGGGGACCAGAACUUGACGGCCAAGCUGGUGAGGGAGAUCCUCUCCCGCGCCUACUCUCCCGAGGGCUUUGCGGGAGAUGAGGACAACGGCGAGAUGGGGUCCUGGUACGUGCUGAGCGCGCUGGGGCUUUAUCAGCCCGCGCCGGGCGUUACAGAGGACUUCACGCUGGGUGCUGUGCCUUUGUUCCCCCGAACGAGGCUCCGGGAGCUGGACAUCACGGUGGAGGCGCCCUCUGCCGCCAGCGCAGCGCCCCCGGUGCAGGAGGUGCUUUGGCACUCCAAGCGGCUGCAGGGCACCAGCAUUUCGUACACCCAGCUGCGCAGCGGCGGGAUCCUGCGCUUCCUCUCCCCGCAAAGCUCGACGCUUGGGAACUACGUCUCCUCAAUGCGGGGCGCCUUGCACCGGGCAGCGCGCCAGGUGCGUGAGGCUGCGCAGCGGUCGGUGGCGGAGGGGGCCUUGAGCCCGCCGUCGAUGGUGGUGGACGAGGUGGUUGUGUCCGUGGAGGCACCCAAGGAGGCCGCAGCGCUGUCGCCGGCGCCGGAGGCCGCCGGAGCUCCCGCCGCCGGCCAGCGCCCGGGGCCGCCGGUCGUCGUCGGGUGGUGGCCUGUGGCGCUGGUGGGGUGCGCGGCGGCGCUGGUGCUCUUCCGGGCCUCCAGGUCGUGCCGCAAGCGCAGCACCCGCAAGGAAUGAGACGAGCGCCGGUCUGUUAGUGCAACGGUCCUUGCUCCGUGUCAAAGUCGGCAGGCGCCUU